CUGGUGUCUUUGGAGUUUUUAGACAGGGUCUCAUGUAACCCAGUCUGGCUUCAAAUUUGGAUCCUGCCUCAGCCUCCCAGGUGCUGGGAUUCUAGACAUUCACCACCAUGUCUCAGUACACAUUUUCUUUCUUUCUGUCUGGCUCCUGUCUUGGCUUUCUUCUUGUUUCUUUGACUUUGUCUCUGUGUCUCUGUCCCUGGCCUCUGUCAUCUCCCCAGCCCCUCUUUGUCUCUUGCCUCUUGCAGUCUGUCUCCUUCCAGUGAACUGCAGCUGCAGCAUCCAGACCCUGAGCCUGUUUUCUCCUUACAGCAUGAUGGCCAGGUGGGCACUGGCGGUGCUCAUGGUCCUGAUACUGGGCAGGGUCCUGUUUGUCCCAGGGACCCCUAUCCCCACCUUCCAGCUCCCCCCUCAGAACUAUUCGGAGACUCUUCCCUACUCCAUGGCCUUGGAAAACCACUCAGCUGCCACCACAGGGACCUCAGCUUCUUGGAGCUACUCCAAACCUAAACCUCACCUGGACACGCAAGUCACACUCUCCCUGGAUGUCCCCAUCGGCCUCCUGCGGAUCUUACUGGAGCAGGCCCGGACCAAGGCUGCCAGGGAUCAGGCUACCACUAAUGCCCAAAUACUAGCUCGUGUUGGCCGCCGCUGAGACUGAGGGAAGGGGUUAUAAAGAUGGGGUGACCAUGGUGGGACAUUCUGGAGGACAGCAAUGAGGCUGGACAUCACUACACCUAGGCUUUACCAUAGUGGGCUCUGCCAUAGCUUCUGGCUGUCCACAUUAUUUGAGACAGCUGUGCCCUUCACACUUGCUAUAUGGAAUCUUGUCACGCUGGGCUGUGCCUGGCAGUCACAGAGCAUCAAGACACCACCAUGUGAGCUCCACCAUUAAAUGGUAAGGAGAGAACCCUAGUGUUGCACCUGAGAUCCAUCUAAGGCUCAUAGGCCUGGGCCCCCACCUGAGGCCACUGAAGCAGAGAGUGCUGGCCAGGGAAAAAUGCUUAUUUUGUGGUUUUGUUUUUGUUUUUUGUCUUUUGAGA